GAUCUCAAAUUGUGGAACAUACGAGUGCACUCAAUGUGGAGCCUUCGAGGAGUGGUUUUCUCUGUUCACAAGUGAAGUUUGUGUUUGUAAUGUAAAUAGCCCGUCACAUCAUGAGUGGAUCAGGAGGACCAAAAAUGAAGGCAUUCAACAUCAAUCCAUUGGCCAAAAAACUUCCAAUUAAGGACAAAUUCCGAAAAGAGGAGGAAGACAAAGCUGCUGCCGAAGCUUACGAGGAGUUUCUUGCCUCAUUUGAGGAGCCUGCCAAGCAUGGGAAAGUGUUUGUCCGUGGCAGCGUCAUCAAUGCCGGCUCUGGAGAGGAGAAGACCACCUCUCAAACCGGCAAGCUUUACAAGCCUCCCAAGCUCUCCGAGGCAACGAGGAGGAUUGAGGAGUCCCACCAAUCGCACCAGUCACACCAGUCGCAUCAGUCACAUCAGUCCCACCAGUCUUACCAGCCUCACCAGUCCAGGCAGCAUGACUAUCACUCCUCGCAGAGUGCAGCCGCAAAGGCUGAGAAAGCUGCUAAGAAGAAAGAAAAGGAAAAAAAGAAGAGCAACUUGGAACUCUUCAAGGAAGAACUUAAGAUAAUACAAGAGGAACGGGAGGAACGCUACAAAAUGAAGGGCCUUCUAAAGGACAGCCUCAAAAAGGGCGACAGCUCGGAAUUACAAAUGCGACUUGCGGAUGAGUACCGGUACCCCACCCUGGGCUCUUUUGACACUGGGGAUCCGAACACGACCAACCUGUAUCUGGGAAAUCUGAACCCCAAGAUGACUGAGCAGGAACUAUGCGAGAUCUUUGGUCGCUACGGGCCUUUAGCCAGCGUCAAGAUCAUGUGGCCCAGAUCGCAGGAAGAGCGCCAACGCAAGCGGAACUGCGGUUUUGUCGCCUACAUGAACCGCAAGGAUGGUGAACGCGCCAUCAAGCAUUUGAGUGGAAAUGAGGUGAUGGGCUUCGAGAUGAAGAUGGGCUGGGGCAAGGCGGUGCCGAUCCCCCCGCACCCCGUGUACAUCCCCCCGGCUAUGGUUGAGCUCACCCUGCCGCCCCCUCCUUCGGGAUUGCCCUUCAACGCACAGCCACACAAGAAGCAGGCUCAGCCCCUGGACCCACAGUCGAUGCCCCCACACGAGUUCGACAAGAUUUUAGCCACCGCGGUAGUGAAAGUGGUUAUCCCUACUGAAAGGAGUCUACUCUGCCUCAUCCACCGCAUGAUCGAGUUUGUCGUCCGAGAGGGUCCCAUGUUUGAGGCCAUGAUCAUGAACCGAGAACUGAACAACCCCAUGUUCAGGUUCCUGUUUGAGAACCAGAGCCCCGCUCACGUCUACUAUCGCUGGCGGCUGUUCUCAAUUCUACAGGGGGACCACCCAAACCGGUGGCGGACCCAGGAGUUCCGGAUGUUUGAGGGGGGCUCGCUGUGGAAGCCGCCCCCAAUGAACCCCUACCUGCAAGGCAUGCCCGACGAGCUGGUCGAGAAGGAGAGGGAGGCCUCUCCGGCCAAGGACGACAACCGCAAGGGCUCCCUCAGCGACAGCCAGAGAGACAAGCUGGAAGACAUGCUGCGUGGCCUGACCCCCGAGCGCCCCAAGAUUGUGGAGGCCAUGAUAUACUGCAUCGAGCAUGCCGACGCCGCUGAGGAGAUUGUGGACUGCAUCACGCAGUCCCUCUCCAUCUUAGAGACUCCCCUGCACAAAAAGGUGGCCAGACUGUACCUGAUUUCAGACAUUCUUCACAACUGUAGUGUCAAAGUAGCCAACGCCUCCUUCUUUCGCAAAGGGUUUCAGGUCUGCCUCCCAGACAUCUUCAAGGAAGUGCACGAGUGCUUCAACAACAUUGAGGGCAGGCUGAAAGCUGAGCAGUUUAAGCAACGCGUCAUGUCCUGUUUCCGUGCCUGGGAGGACUGGGCCAUCUACCCCAACGACUUCUUGAUACGUCUCCAGAACAUUUUCUUGGGUCUUGUUCCUGCACCCAAGGCGAGCCUGGUGGCGGAAGAUCCGCUGACGGAAGGGGAGGCGUCUCCUCCGCUGGGUCCCCUGAUCAAGGAGGAGCCUCCCGACGACGUGGACGGGGUGCCCCUCUUGGCCGUGGACCCCGAAUUGGACGGCCUGCCUCUGCCACUGCCCCUGGGGGUCUCGGUGGCAGACGACCUGGACGGGGUGCCUCUCGGGGAGGACCUGGAUGGGAGGCCCCUCGAGGAGAACCUUGAGGAUUCCAGGCCCAAGUUUGUGCCCUCCAAGUGGGAGACCGUGGACCCCGAGACCGUGCAGCUGCAGGCGGUAACCACCUCCAAGUGGGACCUUCUGGACCAGGGCGAGGAGGACCCCAGCCAGGAGGACAUCGACGGCGAGCCACUGGUGGAGAGCUCUCCUAGAGAUGACUCCCAGGACUCCAUGCCCGCCACGCUGGAGCUGCUCAAGCCAGAGACGGGGGAGGAGCGCAGGGCCAAGCUUCGGGAGAUUGAGCUGAAGGUGAUGAAGUUUCAAGACGAACUCGAGUCGGGGAGGAGGCCUCGGAAACCUGGACUUACCAUCAGUGCCCAGGUCGAGCACUAUCGGCAGAAGCUUAUCAAGAAGGACCAGGAGAAGUGGAGCAGCGGCGGGAUGUGCGAGCGUCGCAAGGAGCGCGGGAGCGUCAAGCACUCGCGCUCCCCUUCCCGCUCUCGUUCCCGUUCCCGGUCCCCGAUUGUGAGCCCCCUGGUGGUGCGGUCGGGCGUGAGCUUGGCGGGGGGGCGCCCCAGCCGGCCCAGCCCCCCGCCCUCGGCGUCCCCUCGGGAGGGCAGGAGCAGCAAGAGGUCCCGGUCCCGCUCGCCCACACGCCCGUCCCGGUCACACCGCUCCCGCUCACCCAAGAAGAGGAGGUCUCGAAGCAGAAGUCCAAAAAAGUCAUCCUCCAGACGCUCGCGUUCAAGGUCCCCCCACAGACGACGUUCCUCCCAAUCGCCUGCCCGCAAAUCACACAAGAGCAAAAAAAGCAAACACUGAGACAGCACUGUGCUGGUUUCUGCAGAUGCUCUCAAAAAAUUGUCCCCUCCCCUUUUUUUUUUAUUGAGUUGUACAGUUAACAUUCCCCAUUGCGAUGCCACCAUCAUGAUUAUCAUACCCCCUGGGCCGGGUGCAUGAAUAAAGAUCACUUGUUAUUGCG